CUCCCGCCGCCGCCGCCGCUCCGCCCCGCUCCGCUCCCCGCGGGAGGCAGCGCGGGUCGGGAGCGGAGCCGUCCCGCGCCGGCCAUGGCCUAGCGGCGGCGGCCGGAGCGCAAGAUGAGUUUCCCGGCGGAGAACGGCGUGGGCAGCCUCUGCCACAAGGCGCUGCAGAUCAUCUCGGAGCUGUGCCUGGGCGGGCAGGUGGAGCGGGAGAAGUGCGCCGGCAUCUUCCCCUUGGAGAGCGCCCGGCAGGGCAUCGGCGGCGCAGAUGUCUCAGUCAGUCUCUUAGCAGUUGUCGUCAGCUUCUGUGGGCUCGCCUUGCUGGUGGUCUCACUUUUUGUCUUUUGGAAGUUGUGUUGGCCUUGCUGGAGGAGCAAACCUCUCACCUCCAGUGCCAGCAAUGUCCCACAGAGCACCUCCAGCGCUCCUACGGAGGUUUUGGAGAACAGUGAGAAAAAGGAAGUUAAAGAAAAUGGGAAACCUACAACCAAGGUACUUGAAGCUGCACUGAAAAUUAGCCACACUUCACCUGAUAUUCCAGCAGAGGUCCAGAACGCGCUGAAGGAGCACCUGAUCAGACAUGCUCGAAUGCAGAGGCAGAUCACUGAGCCCACAUCCUCAUCAAGGCACAAUUCUUUCAGGAGGCACUUGCCACGGCAGAUGCAAGUGUCCAGUGUUGAUUUUAACAUGGGGACAGACCCGGUUUUGCAGAGGGGAGAGACAACAACCAGCAUUGGGAGAAUAAAACCAGAACUCUACAAACAGAAGUCUGUGGAUUCUGAUGGGCAACAAGAAGAUGUGAAAACAUGUGGAAAACUUAACUUCACUCUCCGGUAUGAUUAUGAGAAUGAACUUCUGGCUGUCACAAUUGUCAAAGCCUUAGAUCUGCCUGCUAAAGACUUCACAGGAACAUCCGACCCCUACGUUAAGAUUUAUCUGCUUCCAGAUAGGAAAAAGAAGUUUCAGACACGAGUUCACAGAAAGACAUUAAAUCCUGUCUUUGAUGAAACCUUUCAGUUUCCUGUAGCCUAUGAUCAGCUCAGCAACAGGAAAUUGCAUUUCAGUGUUUAUGAUUUUGACAGAUUUUCUAGACAUGACAUGAUUGGGGAAGUUAUUCUUGAUAACCUUUUUGAAGUCUCAGAUCUCUCCAGGGAAGCCAAUGUAUGGAAAGACAUCCACUGUGCCACCACAGAAAGCAUAGAUUUGGGUGAGAUCAUGUUUUCCCUUUGUUAUCUGCCUACUGCUGGGAGAAUGACAUUGACAGUCAUCAAAUGUCGGAAUCUCAAAGCAAUGGAUAUAACUGGUGCAUCAGAUCCCUAUGUCAAAGUGUCGCUGAUGUGCGAGGGACGGAGACUGAAAAAGCGGAAAACGACCACGAAGAAGAACACGCUGAAUCCCAUUUAUAACGAGGCCAUCAUCUUUGAUAUCCCUCCAGAGAAUGUGGACCAGGUCAGCCUCUCCAUUGCAGUGAUGGAUUAUGACCGAGUAGGGCACAAUGAGGUCAUUGGAGUAUGUCGGACAGGAAUUGAUGCUGAAGGGCUUGGAAGAGAUCACUGGAAUGAAAUGUUGGCUUACCCACGUAAACCAAUAACUCACUGGCAUCCUCUAGUAGAGCUACCUGGCCGAGCAACGAGUUUUGAUAGCCAGGGAUCCUGUUCCUCACCCAAACCACCGCUUACACCCUAGGGAGCAGGAGAGGAUUCAUCAUGGUCAGUGGCCAAAGCUCCCUCAUAGCUCACAUCUACAUAAACAGAAGGUUUGGCUUCUGCAGAUGAACUGUAUCCAUAUUUUUUUAUCAAAAUACAUUUUUCCUAUUCCAAGUCUUAUAUGACAGUUUAUAAUAAUUUGUUAAUGUAUGAAUGAAGUUGACUCGAGUCAAAUACAACCCUGCCUCGUGCAAAUUCAUUCACCUGUUUUAUCUCUGGCAUAUAUCCAGUGUCAUAUUCAAGCAGUGUUUUGACGGGACCUAUAUCUUUUCAUAGGCAAAGAAAUCAAACAAAAAGAUCCCUUAAGCAAUUCAAAACUACUGCAGCUUUUAACACCUAAUUCUUUUGAGGGAGAGCAAUUAGUCAUAUACAGCUCAUGUAGUCAAUUUCUUCUAAAUUGCACUAAAUCCUCUAUGACUUUGCAAGAUAGCACUUCAAGCUGAAUGUUGCAUGAAAAAAAACCAACUGUUGUCAUGUUUUGAGUAUCUGGAAAAUCAGUUCAUUCCUUGGGCAGGGAGGAAAUGCUGAUUUAAAGUCCACUGAAGGCAAUGAGAAGGAUCUACUGACUUCAAUAGGUUUUAGUCCAGCCCUAAUGGAACAGGUAUGAGAACUGGAUCUAUGCAGUUAUAACCUUCCAGCACCCAUGAUGACAGCUGCGUCUCUACACAAGUCAAACUGCAGAGGAGACAAUGCUCAGAAGUAAAGGAAUUUAUUUUAUGUGAUUUAUCUCUUCAGAAAAUUGACCAAAUAUUGCAGUUACCUACAACAUUUUUGUGAUUCUUGAUUUAAUGUGACAGACUUAGAUUUCUUUGAAGUUAUUUUGACUGAGUGCACAGCACACAUGGAAUUUAGUUUCUGGUUGCUGGCUGGAUGCCUCUAGACAUAUAUGCUAAAUAUGAAUUUGAGAUGUGUUUUCUGUCAGUUCAUGAAGAAAGAAAUUGAAAUGUGGCUAUUUUACAAGCAAGUUAACUCAUCUAUUAGAAUACACAGUGACAGCAAAUGCAAAAAACUAUUGGUUGUUGUCAGAUGAUUUAAAAACUAGAAGAGAACUGCAUAAUAUUUCAUGGAUUUGUCUCUAAACACUGCAGUUUACCUCAAUCAGAUAAAUAAGAUAAUUACUUUCUCUUUUCCUUUUUUCUUUUUCUUUCUUUCUAUGAAGAGUGUAGCAAAGACUGCAUGAUUGGGUCUGACGUUUUGAAACCUGGACUGCAAUCACAAAAAAGUUGUGGUGGUGGCACUUUUUGUAUCUUUGCAAUAUAUAUAAAGAAAAAUUAGGAGACCAUGUUUUUUCCAAGACAGCAUUUUUGCAGAAGUAUCAUGCAGGAGAAAAAUGUCAGUGGAAGAUUGAUUUAGGAUAAUGAAAGAAAUUUUGAGAAUUAAUCUAGAUAUGAAGGCAAAAGGUCAUUUUCGCAAACUUCUGAAGAACCAUUUUGGGUUGGUUUAGCCUGGUUGGCACAGAAUAUGUUCCUGAAGAUCCAGUCCCUCCUUGCCACUGACUAAUCUCUAAAACAGUCAAACAUGCCUGGAAGUGUCUUAACUGCUCCAGGAAAGCUAGCAGGGCUGGUCUUAACACUACAGGUGUAUCUAAGUCAAAAAAGGGGGUAGAUUUUGUACCUUGGCUCCUGUGCCUAUGAACACAGCAAGCAAGCAAAUAAAUAUAAAAAUCAAUCUUUCAGACAGUGUUUAAAAAUUAAAAAUUAAAAAAAAAAAGAAAGAAAAAAGGGGAAAAGGGAAAAAAGAAAAGGCUCCAGCCCAAGUUUCUGAAUGCCUGUUUCAGGUUGUAAUUCAUAGCCUCUAGGCAGAAAUGGUUUCUCCCAGAGAGGAUUGCUAAUGCUGAACACUGAUCCUCCCUGCUUAAGAUUGUAUUUUCAUCACCAUAAAUACAGAGCAGCCUUGCAGAAUUUCAUUCCUCCAUUUGCUCUGGAUGAGUAAUUUUUUUAAUAGGAGAACAAACUCUCCUCUGUGAGGUUUUUUUUCCUCCCAUCAUUAUUAUCCUAACGAAAUUCUGUGGCCUAGAUCAUUUUCAACAUGAUUCCGCAAGGCUGAUAUAGAAACAGAUGUAUAUGUAUAUAUAUGUGGAGAUUGAAAAACUAUUUUAUGUAUACAUUUAUCUUAAUAUAAAUUAUAUCUGCAGUGGCCUUUGUGGCCUAGAAAAUACUUUUUGUAAUGUGGUACUGUAACAGUUAACUAAAUAUUCUUUGCACUUUUUUGCACCUAAUAUCCAAAAAGCGAACAAAUUCACGAUCAAAUGUAGCAUAGGUGUUCAGCAAUGAGCAACGUAUUUUUACCUAUUUUAUUGUUCUCUAUGAGUAUCCUGUAUGUUUCAUCAUAGGUAGUAAGGUAUUUUGAGAUUCAUUUUCUUAAAUUUUAAUUGUUGUCAAAUACCAAAGGCUCAGUUUAUGCCCCCUUGUUGUGUUAUUUUUGGUAUUGUUAGUAACAAUAGUGAAUGACUUCAGUGUCUAAACUUGAUGGAUGGGUGCUCUGCAUCUAGGAGAAAUCAGGCUGCAAAAUCAUCAGGAUGUCUAACUUCAAAAAUGAUCCCCUAAUUAAUUAUACUUAUUCCCUUAGCAGUGAUUAAUAGAAUUAGCAAAAAAUAUUUUUUUUUCCCCAUUGUUUCCUUAGCCAUCUCAAGGGACAGGAUAUGUACUUAGUAUAUAACCCAUCCAUCAGCUCUAGGGCCUGGCUCACAAGUUACUCUCAGUGACAUCACAGAAGCACCAAGGAAGAGCUUAGCACAGUUUAAGUCAAGGAAUAGGUUGCUCAAUGUAUAUCUUUAUUUAGGAAUUUUAGAUAUUUUAAUUUGAAGAAGUUGCAAGUUCCCUGCUCCCAUCCUGAUUUUUUUUCCUGCUUAUCUACAUUUCUCCCAUAUCUCAUACAUUAGCAUAAUUUGGGAAGAAACAAAUGUGGCAAAAGGCUGGUGUAAAAUAUAUUGUAGUACUUCUACAACAGUUAAAAAAGCUUCAUUUCCUAAAGGCCUGAGUUAUUUUUCUUGAAGCAGUUUACUGGAAACAGCACUAGUACUUAACAAGAAUUGUAUUUUGCACAGCCUAGCUUUUUUUAAUACUUUCACACUGCACAGGUGAGCACAAGCUCAAGAAGAUUUAAGUCAUGUGCAGCACUCCAUGGCCUCAGCUUUGCAUCCCAGAACCAUACAGUUCUGCUGACAUGGCUCUUCUCCUCGCCCUCCCAGCAAGCAACGAGCUCUUUCCCCACCAUCUUUUUUCUAUGCUGGGCUUAGGAAUAUGAAUAUUAGCCAAAGACAAAGUGGCCAGGAACUUCCCCUGCAAAAUUUCCUCUUCUAUAAAUGGAAUUCCUUUGACUUCUUAUGUUUAAGUAAAAAAACUAUAUAUUUUUCUUAAAGAAUCAGCACCACAUUCAAUAUUUUUGAAGAAAAUAUUGAACUAACAAUAACUGUUUUCAUUGGGUUGAUUUUUUUUAAGGGGAAAAGCAAUUACUUACCUAAUUUCUUUCUGUGGAUGCAUUUUUGGAGCAAUAUUAAGAAAAAAUUUAGUUAAAAGGCUCAUUUAACCCAUCCUUUUCUCCUCUUUCUCAGUUUUUUAAUUGGAUUCAAUGUAAUCUUUUUAAAAAUUUUUAACAUGAUGAUGUACAACAUAUACAUGACAGUCUAGUUCCAAGAUUAUUUUGCUAUCUCUUUUUUAUAAACUUUUAUAUGUAUUAACUUUUUAUUAUACUCCAUUAAUUUAAUAGGCUUUAUACACCCGAAAUCAUUUGACUGUAAUUUUUGAGUGAGCAAACAUUUAAAAGAAGAGUAUUUCAGAACUCAGUAAUAGAGUUCUUCUUCUGCUGAAAAUGUAAAAUUUUUCAGAGAUCCAUAAAUGUGCCUGCAAAAUUUGAAAAUCACCUUAUUCAACCACGCAAAAACCCAGGUUUGCACAUACAAGUACUUGCACUGGCUGGAUGUACAAUCGCUAUUAUUUAGCACUUCUGUUACAACAGAACACCCACACCUAAUCAGAAAUACAUUUCAGUUCAUGAUAAACACAAAUCUGUACUGAGUGACAGUUCCUUGACCUGAAAGGUUCCUAUGAUGUUAUUUCAUACAAAUGAACAUGCUUGAAAAUUCUGUAAGCGUUAAAAUAUGACGUGUAUGUUAAUCAGACAGGGAGGAGACUUUUGGACAAAGUUCAUGCAAUAUGUAUUGGACCAUCCAAAAUAUGGAUAAAAUAUACCAUAUAUAUCAGAAAUACAAAUGCAUGAUUUGAUGGGACAUUUUCUCUCUCAUUCACACCACAGCAGAGACUCAGUUUAACUCGAGAUUCACUUUCAUUUAGCUUCUGAGGCUUGCCAGUCUAAACUGAGCUCUCUGAAAACAGCUAAAUCAUGGCACAGAGAUGACCACAGAAUUAGGAAAGACCAAGGAAAUUGUGGCAGUAGACACAAAGUUGUUCACUGCAACUGCAAGUGCUCUGAAAUGGAAACCUUCCUCCUGAAACUGAUAAUAAUUUCAGUAGUUUUAUCACUUAUCCUUUUUUUCUCUGCUGUAAAACAGCACAAAAGGAGCACAUUCCUGAAAAAGCAUAAGCAUUAGGCAUAGGAGUUAAUUGAGGUGCUGAUCACAGCCAUUUGCCUUUUCCAAGGCAAAGAAAACCUUAACUUCAAAAAGUGUCUUUUGUUUACUCAUCCAGGCGAAUAAUAUCUGCACACUUUCCCUUUUCCUUAACCCUGGAAACUGGCAGUUUUUUAACAGUGCACAGGAAACCAAGAGCUAGAAAUCUAAGAGAAAGUGAAGCUGCAGGUGGGAUUUAAAUUUCACGGGGGAAUCUGGUCAGGAGAAUGGAACUAACACCUUCAAUCUUGUGCUGAGUGGUAAGGGAUGCUUGAUGAUAGCAGGUGCUCAGGGCUGUGAUUUUAUGUUUUAUCUGAUAGUACCUCUACAAUGUUGCUGUUGCUGGGAAACCUCUUUACAGGCUCAGAGAGGAGAAUGCCUCUGGUAUUGCCAUGUGAAUUUUUUUCCAGCCAAGUGUAGACCAUGACUCGUGUUACAUGGGACUCAGUCAUCUGGAAGGGCACAAAGCAUGUUAAAUUUGCAGGACAGGAAAAAUCAAUUUGGUACUGUGCCACCAUGGGGACUAUUCACUUUGUUGGUACUAAGGACAAGUGUUUGUGCCCUGCUGAUCCAAGGGAGGACAUUUCUUACAGCACUCUGUGGCUAAGCCUGUGUUGCUGAUCCACGUCAAUGCUACUGAAGAUCCUCAGUGUCAACAUUGUCAAAAUAUAACUGAUACAUAUAAAUACAGGUUAUACAGGUUGCCAGAAUACCAAAGCUCCCUCCUGUGGAAAAGAAAUGAUGACUCCCUGAAAUAUAAAUCAAGGCAGUGUGUUCUGGAAGUUGGAUCUGCAGGAAGUCACAGAGCUGCUGGGAUGAAAGUGGAGCUGCUCUGUAAUAAUUUAUGAAUACAAUAUGUUGAGUUGACUAUUGGUCUUGAAUUAGGUGAGUUCUGUAAGUCUACUUAAGGGAAAAAAUGGGCAGAAAAUGUUUGGCAGGGGAGUGUCUCUCAGCAGCAAGUGAGUUUUAUAAAAUGUUAAUGUCCAUCUUGGUGGCCUGGGAGACUCUACUGAUGCUAUAGCCAGUCUGAAAAAUGCAUCUCAUCUAAAAUGGUGAAAUAAAACAGGCAUAGGAAAAAAGGCACAGAAAGAUCAAGAGCUCUGACUCAGAGCAGACAAGAUUUAAGUUUGAGCAGGCUGGAGAUGCAAGCUGGUACUGUAGUUCAGAGGGAAAAUAGGCUUGGUUGCUCUCCCAUUAAUGGAUGGAAAAGCCUGGGGCAGCACAAAUAUGCAUAUAGACUGUUAUUUUCAAUUCCAUUUAUUUGAAAUAUUUAAGUUUGCAUAUUUAAGAUUAAAUAUUUAAAUACCAUUCUAUUUUUAAUGAAGUGGCGUAUUCACAGACUCCCUAAAAGAAAAGUUGCAAAUCCAUUCAGACUGCCUGGGUUGGCACAGUUACAACAGACACAGUGUCCCAACACCCAGCAAAAAUUAAAGAAAUGUGAUAUCCUGCCUCUCCCCUGGAGAGAUGAAGUUGGGAAGCCUGACACAAAAAGAGAACUGAAGACAGACCAAGGAAAGGAUGAGGCCACAGCUAUUUCAUCACAACUUCAGGGCUCACAAAGUCAUUGAUUAGACAAGAGUGCCAGAAACAUGUUUUCAUGGCAGCAACAUACCUUUUAUUCAAUUUUCUUCUCCCUCAAAAAACAAGCAUAUAUGUGUUUUAGAGAGACAGCUUUUAAACAUUUUGAGAUAUUUUCAUACCUUAAAAAUUCAAACUGCUGAAGUAAAGUAAAUCUAUCCAUGCAUCUACCCAUGAGGAAAAUAAAAUUUUAAAAAGAGCAGGGAAUAAAAACUUUCUGUACAAUAAAUAAAGCUCUAGAACAUGCUUCAAGUUGCUUUUUUGUGUAGAAUAAUGGUACAGAUUUAAGACCUGAUAUCCUUGGACCUCUUAGGUUAAAAAGGAAAUACUGUGCUUCUGAUUAAAAAAGUAAUAUUUUCCUGCAGGUAUAGAAUUCCCAGCUGUCUGGCCUUGUGUAAUUUCAAAUAUCAGAAAUGUUCCAACAAAUGCUUGUCAACAUCACAGACAAGAAUUUUAGGCACUUAAAUUAGCACUGACAAAAAGGAAUCUGCUUUUUUGGGGCACUUUCUAGGUUAAUUUCAGGAGAAAUUGCAGGCUGUUGGAUGUUUUUGUGAAGCAGAUACAUUCCCAUAAAAACAGUCUGCAAGAGGAGAGAGCAAAAAGGGUCGAGUUGCUUUUUUUGAUGUGCUAUGAGUUGAGACUGAUAAUAGGAUCAGAAGUGAAGAGGACUGAACAAGAAGAUGUUUAAAAUCUCUUGUGACAUCUGAGCCAUGAACAGGAGACAAGAGAACAGGAGGAAAGCCUAUAGAGUAUGAAAAGAGCCCUCUAGAAAGAAAAAAAAUUAAAAAACAAAACAAAACUGUUAAGAGGAAAAGUGGAGAGUAUAAAAGGGGGUUGAAUAGUCUUUUCAAUAGAGAAAAAUAUAUGUGUAACAAAUACUUCCAAAUAGACAGGGAUUUUUGAUGUGACUCUCCUACCUCAUAUCUUGUGGGGCCAUUUGCAAGCUCACGAGGGUAGUGGGAGCCAAUUUUAGAACCUGAGUCUGUUCUUAAAAGAAAAAAAACUCUCACCUCCCACAGAUCUUGCUCUCAGUGGAUUCACAGUGCAAAGGACACUGGUAGUUGCUCAUGGCAUGUCCUUCCCCCCUAUCUUUUUCUCGCAGCACGGUUGAGGCAAAAAAAGGGCAUUUCCUGCACGUACUCUGACACAUUCCUCUCUAGAUGCUGUAAUGGCCUCCUACUUAUUUGCACCUGACAUAGGUUGGAAAAUUUCUAAUAGUUGAAAAAGCAUUUUUAUAUAAUAUCACCUCUUCACAUUAUCAAAGCUUCUGACAAAGAGUGCUUGAAUCACCAAUAGGAAACACCUCUGGAAAUGCUGGUGUGGUACACAAGGUACUGGUUUUCUAUUCAAGUCAAGCCUCAGCUAACACCUCACAAUGGUGGACAAGUCAUUAGUUUGCUGCAGGCACUAAUUCUCUGAUGACUCAAAAAUCUGAAGUCACAGUUAUGGUGUAUUUCUCACUGAAUAUACCACAGGUCUUUGUGUAUGAAUAGAGUCCUGAGGUUCCAGCCAAAUCCCUUCUCCUCCUGUUCUUCGUAUUCAUGGAGGUUUGGCUGAAUAAUGAAUUCUUAUUCCUUUGUCCUAAAUUGUCACAUAGGAGGGGGUGUACUGUGAAUGUUUCACCCUGGGAGUGGCUGCCUCUUAUUAAAAAUCAGAGUGAUCAAUAGAGGACCAUUACUUCCCUUACCGUGGUUUUCUGAGGCUUAAUUGUGUAAUAAUAGUUAUGAGGGAAAUAACUGCAUAGCUGAACAAGACAGAGAAUUGCCAGCUGUUAUUAUUUUUGUCAAAUAGGUGUGUGGAUGGGUGUACCUUUCUUCUUCAUGUAAAUGGAGAUUUGGCUACCACAGAAAAUUGAAAAGGAGUUCUCCAAAGAGAACUUCACACCCUUACAUUUAUUCCUUUCAAGCUUUAUGUAUUAUAAGUGUUUAAUGAUCUUAAUUUUAGCACAAGAACCUGAUUCAUUUAUUUAAACCUAUGACCUUUUCAGUUCUUAGUCCCCAAAGGUAACUUUGGGCUAGGGAAUCAAAAUCACUAAUGAGAAAGUAUAGCUUUAUUUUAGCCAGCAACCGAAAUCUGCACAGCUGGACCUUUUCUGUGUUCCUCAGAAAGGGAGCCUGGCACUAUUGCACUUUAGCUUCUUGCCAGUAGCAGACAAACAAUUGUAGGUCAUAGGCAGGUUUCAGAGAAGCUCUGAGGAUUAGCCCCUAAAAUUCUGGCUCUGAUUCUGCCUGCCCUCCAGGCACAGGGCAGUCUAUGAAGUCAAAGAGCAGUCCUACCCAAAGAGGGCUGAGAAAUCUGUGCUGAGAAAAGAGAUUUCAUUCAAAUUAUACCAACAUGGUUUUUAGAGUUUUUCUGCCUUUUUUCACAUACUGUUGUUAAAAAUUGACUUUUUCUUAAGACCAUACUUUAUAAUUUCAUCUCUAGUGGGGCAAAAAGUGGUACUAAAGUACCAAUAUACUCAUGCACUGGAACUAAUAUUGAUGCAAAAAAAAAAAGUAAAAAAGCCUUUCAGCAAAAAAUAUCUGUGGCAGCAAGAUAUAAAGGUGCUGUCAAAAGGCAUUUUGCUUUUUUAUGUGACUUUUUCUGACUAGAAUUAGAAUAUUCCACCUCCCUUUUUGGGCUAUCUCAAGAAAAACACAAAAUGGUAAAUGUAUCUAAUGUAGAUUUAAUAGUUAUUGAAACAAUAUAGCACAAUAAAAGUGAUUCAGUUCAGCCUCUUAAGGUGUAGUAUUAACAAUACACAUUUAUUUAUAUAUUUUGCAUUGCUAAAAAAAUCUAUUCAUCACCUUAUUUCAAAUAUACAAGAAUUCUAGCACGCUUUCAAAAGAAGCUUUCUUUUCAAGCUAAUCACUUGCUACUUUAUAUGCCUAUUGUUCUUGUAUUAAUUAAAAUGAAAAUAUUUUCUUAAUAUCAUGACAAUAGACCAUUAAAUGUAUCCAGCAAAAUCAUUCUGUAGGUCUUUUUAAUAUGGCCUUUCCUCUCAAAGCACAGCCCAGUGCUGAGAUCCAGCAGGACCACUGCUCUUGAUUUCAGUUCACUCCGCAUCAGGUUGGGCGUGAUGAUGUCUCAUAGCCUCUCGUGAAAUGAACCCAGGCCCAAGGCAAGCAGAAUGAUUUCUUUUACAUGCACCAUGAAUUUUUGUCACUUUCUGACAACUCAGACUAUAUUAGAAGACUUCAGUGCAUCUCUAGGGUAUGAGCUAUUAUUGCAAAUGCUGAUUUUACUAAUACUGGUAGGAAAGAUGAGCCUCAGCUGCCUGACUUGGUAAAUAAAAAUGUCUGGUCUAUGUAGUCAGACAUGGAGGUGAUGUAUUUUUACAGAUUUUUCCUUUUUAACGGUGGCCUGCAGUUUUCCACAAAAUGCCAUUUUGUUUUGAAGCUCAGAGGGUGUGUGUAUAGACUAAACCUUUCAUAUGGAACUUUUAGAUAGUCCUGUUGCACAUCAGAUAUAAAGCACUUCUUCUCAGUCUAUAUUUCUAUGGAGAAUAUAUUGAACAAAAUUUAAUUUUGUUAAAUAAAUAGAAAACUGUUUCUCAAUAGAACAAAAAAGUAUAUAUAUAUAUUUAGUAUUGCUCCUUGUUUCUCUUUCUUCCAAGUGUAGGUCUAAAUUCUUUCUAUUCUUCUCUGUUUAGGUUUUUGUAGGAUAUGUUGGACUUAAAUGCACAUGUCUAAGGAUGGGAUAUGGCUAGCUUUCUAUCCUAGAAGUAGGUACUGCUGGCAUCCUGAUUUGGAGAGGCACUUCUGACUUGUGCUUUCUCCACUUUCUGAGGGACAUCACAAGGGUGUUUGUUCAGCAAACCAUGUGAAAUAUUUUUUAACUUUUGACCUGUUAAUCUCAGUUCCCUCCAUGCCAGUAUAGCCCUGAUGGCUGGGAUGGGAGCAGGCAAAGCCAGAAGGCAUCUCUUCCUUGCCCAGCUCUGCCCAGUCCCCACCACCUCAGGCAGCAGGACUGCAGCACUGAUUCCUCUGAGCCGGCCAGAUGCUCCUCCAGCCACCACAAGGGGAGUCCCAAAAGCUUCUCCUUCCUUUCCACAAGCUUGUAGUCCAUGCUGCAUUCAAGCUGACUGGCUUCAGUGCAAUGCUCAUGAAAACUGAAGCAGGGGGAGGAGAACAGAAAUUAGCCACAGAACAUCAUGUUUUCCUAGUGUAUGCUUGUUGUGGGGAAGGCAUUCUCCAGAGUGUAUGCUUCAAAAGGUAGGAAGUUAAAAUGGAGUUCCUGGCCAUAAGAAAUAUUGACAGCUAAAAAAACCUACUCAUAUUUAAAUAUUUAGUAUCUUGAAAUCUUAAAAGAAAGCACCCAGCACACUGUCAGGAUAAGCAUCUUUGCUCUGACAAUGAGGGUUAUGGAUUAGGCCCAAACUGGCCAAACUCUAACAGAACUCCCUACCUUUAAAAUAAUCUUUAUGAUUAGAUCAGAAAUGUUGCCAAGUCUAUGUAGCUUACAAAGAACUGCAAGUUCUUCUAAGAUUUUGUCUCUUCUUGCUAUGUGGUGUUGGCUGACCAAGAUCUAAUAUUAAAUACCUGACUGUUCUAGUACCCUUUAUUCAGUGUUCAUGAUGUGACUUUUUAAAUGAAGUCUGUGAUUUGAUACCUAGACAUUGUUCAAGUCAAUAUCCUUGGCUUCUGCGUUAUAGAGACAAGAAAACAAAACUUUUGGAACUUGUGUUACUGGCUUUUUGUAUGCGCUAAAUGGCCAUUUGUGAAACUUGACAACAUAAAUUGUACUACUGAUAGUAAAUGGGGUUUUUUUGCACUAGCCUUUGAGAGCUGUAACACAUUUCAGUAUUUUUACAAUGUAUCCUCUAGAAAGUGUGAAUCUAUUUGUCAGUUCUGAAAAAAAUAUGUAACAAUGAAACCUCAAAAGAUGUUAUGAAGUGUACAGUUUGUGAUAAUUUUAUAUUUAAAAAAGACAAGAAAAAUAAAAUAAUUCAUUUGAAAUAAUUUUAUUCUAAUUGUUUCAUAUGUAUUUUGAACAAGAAAUAAAGUGAUUAAAAUUA